AUGUUGCGCUGUUCUCAGUUUCCGGAAGAUCUUUGUAGCCUUCCUAAAAGAAAGAAAAUGGAAUCCUGAAAUCGCACUUAGCUUAACAGUCGAGCGUUUUUGAGAGAAUAUCAUUAGAAUAAAUUGGAAGUACAAUUACAUUGCUAUUAACAUCAUUGAACAGCUGCAGCAGCUGGAUCCUGCUGAAGAUUGGACAGCAUCCCUCGACCUCCCUCCCUCCCUUCUGGUUCAAUGGAGGGGUCUGACAGUGCAGAGCAGAGUGGCGGUGAGCUGCCAGAGUCACAGCGCAGGAGGCAGCUGGACCGCCUGGACAGGGAGGAGGCCUUCUACCAGUUUAUCAACAAUCUCAGUGACGAGGACUAUCGGCUCAUGAGAGACAAUAAUCUUUUAGGCACCCCAGGAGAGGUGACGGAGGACGAACUUUUAAGUAGACUUCAGCAAAUCAAAGAUGGUCCAGAACCGCAGAAUAGCACCACUACUGCCCCAAAUACUGAGAGUGGAGUAGAUCCAGUUGAACCACCAGAAAACUCGGAGGAUCCUGCAAAUGGUGAUAGUCUCUUAGACUGGCUGAACACAGUGAGGCGCACAGGCAACACAACCAGAACUGGUCAUCGUGGAAACCAGUCUUGGCGGGCCGUGAGCCAGACCAACCCAAACAGUGGCGAUUUCCGCUUCAGCCUGGAAAUCAGUGUGAACCGGAACCUCGCUGAACAGCAGGCAGCUGCUGAAGGGGAGCAGGAAUCUCCACACGAAUCUCCGCAGGAAGCUCCGCAGGAAACUCCGCAGGCGACUUCAGAAGAAUCCCCAGAGAGUCAAGUACUGGUGGCUAAUGCUGAACCACAGGUGGCAGAGGCUGAACCCCAGGUGCCCAUGGAGACGGACGUGGUGGAAGAACCAGUUGUAGAGGAAGUGGCUGUGACAAUCGAGCCAGAGCCGGAACCAGAGCCGGAACCAGAGCCGGAACCAGAGCCGGAACCAGAGCCGGAACCACAACUGGAGCCAGAGCCGGAACCUGAGCCGGAACCUGAGCCUGAGCCUGAACUAGAAGAAGUUGUUUCACAAGAAAUUUUAGGAGAACCUCUCCUCUCACCUGCUGCCCUGCCAGUACAACCCCAACUCUCUCCUUCUCCACGCAGAGGACAACGGAGAGCCCGCAGCCGUAGUCCAGAACCACGCAGGACGAGGGCGCGUACGGCCAGGAGCCGCUCCCCUCUAAACCUGGAUCGCCUGGAUGGCCUCCCUAAUCCACGUCAUGCUCACAGCGCUCAAGGCCUCAACCCUGCCACCAACGCUCCCCCUGUGCUUCAAGUGGAGGGCAGCUCACGGACUCGACAACACGUUCUUUCUAGGCAAAGCACUGCUGACGUUGAUGUUCAGCCAUCUAGGGCUGGUGCAGAAGUGGUCCCAGAGGCCCAAAAUGUGGGAUCUCAGGAAGGAGAAGCUGCUGCAGGGGAAGGGGCCGCAGCAGGGCGCCGUCCCCCUACUAUUAUGCUUGAUCUCCAGGUGCGUCGUGUGCGUCCAGGAGAAUACCGGCAAAGAGACAGCAUUGCUAGCCGCACCCGCUCACGCUCCCAGAACUCAAAUAACACAUUUCUUUAUGAGAGCGAGCGUGGGGGUUUUCGUAGGACUUUCUCACGCUCUGAGCGUGCUGGUGUGAGGACCUACGUCAGCACUAUUCGCAUCCCUAUCCGAAGAAUCUCUGAUGCAGGUUUGGGAGAGGCCACCUCGAUGGCUCUCCAAUCUAUGAUUAGGCAGAUAAUGACUGGUUUUGGUGAACUCGGCUACCUCAUGGACUCAGACUCCGAUUCGUCAGAUUCGAACCGUGGAGCCACCACACCUGCCGAUCUGGCUGAAGCCCUCAACAACCCAGAAGCCAUUCCUACUGCUGCUCCUGUUGCUGAUGUUGAAGAACCACCUGUAGCUGCAGGAGUCAGAGCAAGGACAGCUGAGACUGAUAUUGAGGAGGGCGUUGUCACUGCUCCCCCUGCCUCAGCUGGCAGGGUUCGACCGCUACCGCCUAUCAGCCUAGCAGAGCCCAGCUCACUGCCUUUCCUGCGGCUUGCUCACUUCUUUCUUCUAAAUGAUGACGAUGAGGACCAGCCUCAAGGGCUGACCAUAGAGCAGAUUGACAACCUCUCAAUGCGCAAUUUUGGCGAGAGUGAUGCCCUGAAGACUUGCAGUGUCUGCAUAACAGAAUAUGCAGAAGGUAACAAGCUACGUAAGUUGCCCUGCUCUCAUGAGUAUCAUGUGCACUGCAUUGAUCGCUGGCUAUCCGAAAACUCCACUUGCCCCAUCUGCCGCAGUGCUGUCUUGGUGUCGGCCAACAGAGAGAGUGUUGUGUAGCUCUAAAAGACUGCAGGCCUUUUGUCUCAACCUAAAUAAUCCAAUAUCCCCAGUUCAUAAAAGGAUUUGAGGAAAUGUUUCUCGACUGUUGAAAUGUAUUUCCUUCAUACCAUUUGUGAGUUUAAGUCAUAGCGCAGUCACAAGUUGUUUUGGGGUGCUCCAUACAGUGACAUGGAAACAUAUUCAGUCUCUAUUUAGACAUUUAUUAUUGCAGUCCAAAGUUAGGCACAAGCAAUGCAUGCUGUUUGAAUCCACCUGUAGUGACCGAGCCGUUUGUUGCGUUGCAAAAAGCCGUACACACGAGCGGCUCGGCAUCUCUUAAAGAACCCCUGGUUAUAAAUGCUGCACACCGGCAGGUAGUUCAGGCACAUCUGCUCUUUUGUAUUACCUCCUUAAUGGCGCCUUAUAUACCAGAGUUUGGGUAUUGGUACACUUCUUAGUUACACCAGUUCAAAGUAUUAGCUGUAAAUAAGCUUGUAAAAAUAAUUUUGAAUCAUACUUUGUAUUGUUGAAUUUAUUUUGGAUUGUAAAUUAUCUCAUGAAGAUUAAUGUCAAGUUGGCGGCAAUUACUCUCUAUCAGAGCAUCCCUAAAUUGACUGUUUAACCAAUUGGAGGUAUCAAUGUACACAGCAGAAUUAUUUAAAGAUUGUGGUGUCCAAAGGUUGUCGGACAUUGAUUGGUUUGCCAUUUACAGUGUGACGUGUACUCGCACUUUUCUGUUCACCUGAAAGAAACUACUCUUUUGGAGUGGCAUGAACCAUGAAAUGUUAAAAAAAAUAACGUUGUACAGACAUAAGGGAAAGAUAAAUCCAUCUAGGCUACCUUUUCAAAGUGUGAGUUUAUCUUGGAAUCAUAUAGUAUCUUUAUUUUCUUGAUCAUUAAAAAAUAAUGAAGUAGCAGUAAUACCAGAAGUUAGGGGUGUCUCAAUAUUGGUAGUAGAUAUUGGGUUGAUAUUAAGUUGUUGGCAUGUGAAUUUUCCCAACUUAAGAAUACUAUACUAACAGGCAUGACAUGUCGAAUUACUUAAAUAUACUUUAUUUUGCUUUCUUCACCCAUAUGUAAAAGAAUGUUUGCUUUUUAAUGUAUAACUUUGAUUUCACAACCAUUUUGUCCUGUCAUCCAUUAUCUACAGAUCUGAUCCUUUUAUUUUUACAAAUUGGAUUGUCUUUAAUUAUUGAUCAAUGAAGAUAGUUAUCCGAGUCGGUCUUUGCAUAAAUUGAAAGGACCACAAAUUGACCUAAAAUGAACUGUCAACUCAGCCAGAAUUUAGCUGGAGGUCCAACUUAUUAACCCAAAGAUUUGAGUCUCAGACACCAACCAAGUCUGAACAAGUUCACACUAUUGUCAUUCUGUCUUAAUAAGGCUCCAGUAGAAAGUCAUAAUGCUUGCCUGCUGUGCCCUCCUUCUACCCCAUGAAUCAGUGUGCAAUACAUACUAAAGUGAAAGUAGGGAAAUACAAACCAUGGUAUAAAUGUAUGCUAUUGUUAAAACUGUUGUUAAUGGCUCAAAUCUUAAAUGAAGACUUAUUACAUUUUAAAAUGUGUUGACGUUAUUUUAUUUAGAAUUUCUGUAGGUUUUAAUAGCACUGUUGAUGAACAGGAACACUGGCUAAAGGAGGAAUGGGCAUCACAAUGAAUGCCAUCCUGUCACGUGUCUUGUUCUACUAUUUGAUGUCUUUGCCACAAUUAUUACUUCCCUUUAUGGGACAUAAAAGUUUGAAUGCAAGACGUUGUCAUUGUUAUAUACCAUAAACAUGUAAAUGAUAUGUAUGUUCCCUCUUAGGCCAUUCCUUAGUCUUGGCCUUGUACUGUGUCACCCAGUGCAGUAUGUUAACUGGGUGUUAAAUGAAACUAACCGCUGAAUUAAACACGUUGUUAUGCUACAAAAUGCAUUGCAGGUAUGCAUUCUGUACACUUA